CCAUCAGGGAACAGCGACGGACGACCCCUCCCGCAUCCACGAUACCUUCGGACUUUCCGAUACUCAGAUACCGAGUGGAGCAAUAGAGCUUCGCCCCAUUUGAUCGGUAGCCUACCGCAGCCAGCGUCGCCGAGACGGCGACCCUUGCGGCGAACUUCCCAGCCAUGGACCUCAUCCGUCGAGCCGGACGGCUCGUACCCUCGAUGCCGCUACAACUACCCGUAAUGGACGAAAAAGGCGGCCGGAAAACGCGCUCUGGCCUCCUAAAAUCACGCCUUGCCUUCUUCCGUCGGCCUCUGAGAUUAAGAGGCAACUCGAGCGUCUCUGUACCACUGGGCGUCGUCAUAUUAUUCCCCUGCAUCGUCGUCAUCCUCAUCUUGGUGCUCUUCGUCAGGCAUCCUUCUUCCCCGGGAAGGAUAUUAAUGCCAGCUGGUGCACCACCAGCCAUCAGGAAAAUCAACGAGAAAUACGACAAGGUAUUCGUGACGGGAUGUCUCGAACCUGACACAAGCAAGCCCCGUGCCAAUGGUGUGUUCGUCGUCCUGGCGAGGAACAAGGAGUUGGAUGGUGUCAUACAGUCGAUGAAGUCGAUCGAACGCCACUUCAACCGAUGGUAUCACUACCCUUACGUCUUCCUCAAUGAUGGAGACUUCAACUCGACCUUCAAGGAGACUGUCGCGAACUACACCUCGUCGACCAUUGAAUUUGGCAAGGUCGGUCCCGACAUGUGGGGUUACCCUGACUGGGUAGAUGUCAAGGUCGCCAAAGAAGGCAUUGCCAAGCAAGGUGAUGCAGCCGUCAUGUAUGGCGGUCUGGAGAGUUACCAUUCCAUGUGCAGAUUCUACUCGGGCUUCUUCUACAAGCACCCCCUCCUUGCCAAGUACGAAUGGUACUGGCGUCUCGAGCCCGAGGUCAAGUAUUUCUGCGACCUCACCUAUGACCCUUUCCAAAAAAUGAUAGAGGCCAACAAGACCUACGGCUUCACCAUUGCCGUGAAGGAACUUCGCGAAACCGUCCCCAACAUCUUCCGAUAUGCCUCCGCCUAUAAGCGUCUCAACAACCUGACCUCGCAGGGCCUGUGGGAGAUGUUUGUCGACCCGGUUGAACCAAAAGAGGCGCCCGAGUUGUCUGAGGAUGACCCCAAUUACAAGGCACCUUUGCCGGAGGAGGUGCUCCGUGCCGAUCCCGGACGUAACAGUCCGCCAGAGGUCGAUGCUGAGGCAAUGGAAGGCGAGAAGUACAACAUGUGCCAUUUCUGGUCCAACUUCGAGAUCGCCCGGCUCAGCUUCUUCAGAAGCAAAGAGUACCAGGACUUCUUUGACAUGAUGGACCGCAGUGGCGGAUUCUGGAUGGAACGGUGGGGUGACGCACCUAUUCACUCUCUCGCCGCCGGAGCUCUCCUCGGUCCCCGCGAUAUCCACUACUUCCGCGACAUCGGGUACCGACACACGACCAUCCAGCAUUGCCCAGCCAACGCCCCGUCCCGUCAGCUCCCCCGUGAGCCCUACCUGGAGAAGACAACUCUCGAUGAACGCAAGCGACUCGAGGAGGACCGUUACUGGGACGAGUGGGACACACCCAAGGAGAACGGCGUCGGCUGCCGAUGCCGCUGCGACACGGACAUCGUCGACGUUGAAGGCAAGGACGGCAGUUGUCUGGCCGAGUGGGUCGAUGUUGCCGGGGGAUGGGCGAGCCCGUAAGCCCAGACCGCUCUGCCCACACUGCCCACACUGCCCAAGUGUACUCCCUGUGCCUUGUGGCCCUCGACGCCCACCGUUGUCCACCCAAUGUUGUCGGCCACAUAUCUCUUGUCCACAUAACGAGUCAUGUCUCAAGCUGCGUUCUCGCCGCCACAUUUUUGUCAUACCCCCGCGCGAUCCGCCGGCCGGGCGGCUUUCUGUAUCAUCGAUGAUCCA